GCCCGGCGCUCGCACUCCGGCCCCGCCGCCCAGCCGCGCUCCUCUCCCGUGCCCGAUCCGCGCCCGCCCGGGCCCCCGCCGCCGCCGCAGCCAUGGACGCCAUCAAGAAGAAGAUGCAGAUGCUGAAGCUCGACAAGGAGAACGCCUUGGACCGAGCCGAGCAGGCCGAGGCCGACAAAAAGGCGGCCGAGGACCGAAGCAAACAGCUGGAAGACGAGCUGGUGUCACUGCAAAAGAAACUCAAGGGCACUGAAGAUGAGCUGGACAAAUACUCUGAGGCUCUCAAAGAUGCCCAGGAGAAGCUGGAGCUGGCGGAGAAAAAGGCGACCGACGCGGAAGCUGAUGUGGCCUCCCUGAACAGACGCAUCCAGCUGGUUGAGGAAGAGCUGGAUCGUGCCCAGGAGCGCCUGGCCACUGCCCUGCAGAAGCUCGAGGAGGCUGAGAAGGCCGCAGAUGAGAGCGAGAGAGGCAUGAAAGUCAUUGAAAGCCGAGCCCAAAAAGAUGAGGAGAAAAUGGAAAUUCAGGAGAUCCAGCUGAAAGAGGCCAAGCAUAUUGCUGAGGACGCUGACCGCAAGUAUGAGGAGGUGGCCCGGAAGCUGGUCAUUAUUGAGAGUGACCUGGAGCGUGCAGAGGAGCGGGCCGAGCUCUCGGAAGGCCAAGUUCGACAGCUGGAAGAGCAGCUAAGAAUAAUGGAUCAGACCUUGAAAGCAUUAAUGGCUGCCGAGGACAAGUACUCACAGAAGGAAGACAAAUACGAGGAAGAGAUCAAGGCCCUUUCCGACAAGCUGAAGGAGGCUGAGACUCGGGCUGAGUUCGCAGAGCGGUCGGUAACUAAAUUGGAGAAAAGCAUUGAUGACUUGGAAGAUCAACUCUACCAGCAACUUGAGCAAAACCGCCGCCUCACUAACCAACUAAAGCUGGCCCUGAAUGAGGACUAAACCUAAGUGGGAAAGAACUUGGGCUGAAUUCUGGGAAUGGAGCCCCUGGGGAGGUCACCUCAGCCUGCCAUGGCUCCCGUGUACUAGGGUUGAGCAAAGCAGCUUCCUGCAGGAACACCGGCGGGGAAGCCCGUAGGGGGACAGACUGCCUGUGUUCUCUCCUCCGUGUCUGGCAUGACCACGUUCUCUUUCAUUCUCAAACAGCUUUUUCGGUAUAAUGUGUUUUGGGGGGAUAUUUAGGACAUGCCCUCCAGCUCUCCUCUUUGCAAGAGGAGGUCCUCGUCAUUUGAGUUUGAACUGGUACAUAAUGGGAACCCAAAACGAUUUCCUAAUUUCUGCUGAGAGCUGGUCUGGCUUUAAGUUAGCAAGGCAAAGUAAAAGGGUGUAUGUGUGUACAACUGCAAAUAUAUAUAUACUCAUAGAGAGUACAUAGGAUGUAUUAUAUAGAAUAUUAAUAAACUAUUGUGUAUACAUAUUCCUAAUCAUUUCUGAUAGUGUUUGAAAAAUGAAUAAAUGUACUUAUGCUUGGGCAAAAUAGCUCAGGAAAGCAGGCGAUUUUGCCCGAAGUCCCUGAUUGGAAGGUAUGCUCUUCCCCCAGUCUGUGUUGGAGUCUGUGAGAAUGCCGUGCUAAUAGUAGAAUACUGCGAGAGUAGUAAGAGAAUGUCCUGCUGAAGUGUGCAUGAACGUGACCCCUUUGCCUUCCCCUGCCAGCACGGGACUAAAUCAUUUCUGAUUGUUUCCGGUGAGGUUGUGUAUGCGCUACAGCGUGAUUCCCGGAACUGGAGUGUCUGCCCCUUCUGACUCCUUUGCUUAGAGCCCGCUUCAGGGCUCCUGUGUCCCUGGCACCUGCCUCGAUCCUUACCCAGCCCUGCCCCCUGCAUUGUGUCAUCAGGAUGGAUUUCUGGGGACAGCAGCCCCCUGCCCUGUCCACUCCAACCCUUGCUGUGUCCACCACCUUCUGGCACAGCACCCUCUCCCUUCACGGGCUCAGGGACAUGACCGGCAUCUACAGCAUGUUCUAAUCAUCUCCCGUGUUUGUGAUUAAUGUUUGCUGCUUGAAUGUACAGACCGCCAUUGUGUCCAAAGCACAGCUAUUCAUGACCUAAUUUUCUAAUCCUACCACAGAGAAAGUGGCCCAUGCCAAGGAAGAAAACCUUAGCAUGCACCAGAUGCUGGAUCAGACUUUACUGGAGUUAAACAACAUGUGAACACCUCCUUAGCUGCGGCCACAUGCUUUCAUGUUGUGUUUGAUGUUUUUUUUUUAUUGUUGGUUGUUUGAUUGAUUUUGAGUCACCUACUUACCAUGAACCCCCUUCAGUGCAUUUUUUAUUUACUUUUAACCACUGUCACAGAGCCUCCCCAAGGGGCAAGGGAAACACCUCUCACACAGGCAGGCCCAGGACAAUUCCAUUGUGCCAUUUCCCAGACGGACAAUGCUGUUGCCAUCAUCCCUAGCGAGUUGUAGCAAUGCAGAAUGCUCAGUAUGGACCCCUCCCUGGCACAGGAAAUGUCCCACGCAAAGUGCCAACAGCAUAGCUAGCCAGAAGGUGAAUAUUGGAAAGACAAUCAGGUGUGGAUUGGUGCUACUUCAACCAAAGGUCCCCCUGGGGUCUUUUUGUUCAAUAGUGUCCAAUUUAGAAUUCUGUCCAACACUAAUUUAUUUUGUCUUUGAGUUCUGUGCAAGACGAGUCUGUGGAUCCUGUAUGCCCAAGUCCAGUAAAGCCAAGGGUUUGCACACCACACUGCUCUUCCUAGACAUCCAUUCCUCAUCACUGGCACACUUGCUCCUCACGACUCGUAGGGUAGCAUUGGAGGUAGAUCUCCACCCUUCAUUUUCCAUGUUUAAAGUCCAAGAUUUAGGCACUACAUGUAAUUCGUAAAGAAACAUUUUCUUAAGAGUUAUAACUAUAUCGAAACAUUGUAUAAUGAUAUGAAAUAAAAUGUGCAUUGCAGAACA